CCUUGGACAUCAGUCAGCUCCAGCAAUCCAGUCCAGCGACAUGCACAAGACAAGCAUUCUAAUCGUGGUCCUCGUGGCACUUUUCGCCAUCACAGAUGCAGUUCCUCCAUUUCCCACCACAGGUCCCAUUCGGAUCCGUCGCCAGGUGCUCGGAGGUUCCUUAGCCUCCAACCCUGCUGGUGGAGCUGAUGCUCGCUUGGAUCUCACCAAGGGCAUUGGCAAUCCCAACCACAAUGUGGUGGGGCAGGUUUUCGCCGCUGGAAACACUCAAAGCGGUCCGGUCACAACUGGCGGAACUUUGGCAUACAACAAUGCUGGCCAUGGUGCUUCCUUGACCAGGACACACACGCCCGGAGUGAAGGAUGUCUUCCAGCAGGAGGCCCACGCCAAUCUAUUCAACAAUGGCAGACACAACCUGGAUGCCAAGGUGUUCGCCUCCCAAAACAAACUGGCCAAUGGCUUUGAGUUCCAGCGUAACGGAGCCGGUCUGGAUUACUCUCACAUCAACGGACAUGGUGCCUCCCUGACGCACAGCAACUUCCCAGGAAUCGGCCAGCAACUCGGUCUAGAGGGACGUGGUAACCUGUGGUCCUCGGCGGAUCGGGCAACCCGUUUGGAUCUGACUGGAUCGGCUAGCAAGUGGACAAGUGGACCGUUUGCCAACCAGAAGCCCAACUUUGGUGCUGGACUGGGACUUUCGCACCACUUCGGCUAAAUGUUAAUCUGGUAUUUGUGUAGAAACUAAUUUAUUUAAAUCAAAAUAAUAAACGAAUAACAAACAAAAUUAUAAAACAAUCUGUAAA